CUCCUGCGAGUCAGCUCCUGCCAGAUUUGUCGAAACCCACCACCAGAUGACUGUCAGAGUGUAUGUCCAAAUGGGAAGAGUUAGUGAGAUUUAAAGUGAGGAGACCCGCCUGGGAGAUGAAAAAAGGCAUGUGUUAGAGAAAGAGGCUGAGGCACAGUGAGAACAGAGUCAGAGCAAAGUGUAAGCGGACUCCAACGGACCGCAGAGAGGCAACUUCACCGGGAUUGUUGUCACUGCGCGUUGAGGCAGAGGAUAGAUUGCUUCUGAGCGGCUCCGAAAGGAAGAAGCAUGCAAGAAAAGACUUAAAAGCGGAUCGUGGAUGAAACUUGACUGAAACGUCCAAAUCACUGACGCUGCCGGAGAGCGGAGAAGGAGGCAAGAGGCGCGCCAGCGAGGAAGGACCUGGCUUUGGAGAAGGAGCUGAUGCUGUGGGAAAGUUAACAACUAUGGAGAUGUACAGCUAAGUGAUACGAUUGAGUACUAACCGAACCCCUUCACAGUCAUUUCCCCACACCGAAUGAGGUUAUAGACAGAAUCCGGUGCGCUUUAUCAUCCGACCCCGGUGCCGUGGUGGACCCAGCCAGCUCGUUCGGCAUCUUUUUCACAGUCAAUGGACAGGAUGCCUGCACUCACUUCUCUAUACCUCAUCUUUUGCCUUAUGGUGACAGCAGCCACCAAAGCGGCCUACUUCUCCCAGCAGCCCCAGGACCAGGUAGUGGUGCAGGGCCAGUCCGUGACUCUGCCCUGUGUGAUUGUGGGUUACAGAGGAAUGGUCCAGUGGACCAAAGAUGGUCUGGCAUUGGGUGGAGAGAGAGACCUACCAGGCUGGACGCGCUAUUCCUUAAUGGGCGACCCGCUAUCAGGCGAGCACAGCUUGCUGAUCGAUUCAGCAGAGUUGGCGGAUGACGCAGUGUAUGAGUGUCAGGGUACACAGGCGGCUCUACGCUCCCACCGUGCCAAGCUCACUGUACUAGUUCCUCCAUCUGACCCAGUGGUGGAAGGCGGCCCUGUUGUACGUCUGAAGGCCCACACACCGCACAACCUUACCUGCAGAGCUUCAGGAGCUAAACCUGCAGCUGAUAUCACCUGGUACAGAGACGGAGAGGUCAUGGAGAUGGCCAUUUAUUCCAAGACACUAAUGGAGGAUGGGAAGAGGGAGGCAGCUGUCAGUAUGCUUCCAAUCAUUCCAGAAGACAGUGACUCUGGACGCACCUACACCUGCAGGGUUCUCAACCCAGCUGCCCCAGCUGGACGACAGACUUCAGUUACUAUCAGUGUCCAGCAUCCUCCCUCAGUGACCCUAUCCGUCCAACCUCAGACCGUGACUGAAGGGGCCAAAGUUCUCUUCAUCUGCUCUGCAUCUGCCAACCCUGAGAUCACUGGUUACAGGUGGUCAAAAGGAGGUGUGCCCAUCUCAGAGGCCAAUGGGGACAGCCUUGAGGUGACAGUGGACUACUCUUACUUCACCGACCCAGUCUCCUGCGAGGUGUCCAACUCCGUGGGCAGCACCAAUGUCAGCACACUGGUCGAUGUGCAGUUUGGCCCCAGACUGCUGUCAGAGCCCAAGCCAAUGACUGUAGACAUAGGGAUGGAUGCUGCCUUUACCUGUGCUUGGACUGGAAACCCUCCUCUGACUCUGGCCUGGACAAAGCAUGGCUCCAGCGUGGUGCUCAGUAAUGGUAACACCUUGCAGCUGAAGGCUGUUACCCAGGAGGAUGCUGGAACGUACACCUGCAAGGCCAUUGUUCCUCGUAUAGGAGUUGCAGAAAGAGAUGUCACUCUAACAGUAAAUGGUCCACCUAUCAUCACAGCAGACGCAACACAGCAUGCUGUCAAGCACUCAAAGGGCAAACUUGAGUGCCGCGUGGGAAGCAGCCCUCCACCUGAUAAGAUUGUGUGGACCUUUGGGGACAUGAGUCUGUCCUCUGGAUCCUCUGGUCGUUACUCAGUGCAGACUGUAACCACUGACCAUGGAGUCCAGUCUUCUCUGGUGCUGUCUGAGACUUUGGUUCAGGAUUUUCAGAUGCGGUACAACUGCACUGCUUGGAAUCGCUUCGGCACAGGGACUGCACUGGUGACACUGAAAGAGCAAGAAGCCCUACCUAUGCUGAUAAUUGUUGGGGGAGCAGUAGGUGGGGGUUGUGUCCUGCUCAUCUGUGUGAUUACGCUGGUGUCCCUCUGCUGCCGACACACAGGCAAAGGUGAGCUUAACGGUAAAAGAUGCACUCGACUUUCCAAGAGUGAUAUCAGGGUUCAGAUUGUUCACAGUGAUCACAACGCUUCUCGCGGCAACGAUGAUGAGGAGGAUGUCAAAGAACCAAUGAAAUGCUUGGUCUUCCCUCAGGCUCCAAACAGCAGUGAGUCUCCAGGGACAUCUCGCACAGAACACAGCGACCUCCUGGAGGAGGAGGACGACGAAAGAUCGGACAUCAAGGACCCCACCAACGGAUACUACAAUGUCCGGGGCCAUGAUGAUCGUCACAUCCGCAACAGUGGCUUUUCAGAGUACGUGCCCAACUCACGGCCAGUCUACACACCAUCACAGCUGCCUUCCCCGAGCCCUAUAUAUGGCCAGCAUGGCACUCAACCUCGUAUUUACGAGUUCUCCCAUCGAUGUGCCACCAACACCGUGAGCAGAUCUUCAUACGAACAGCAGCCACAAGCCCAGCAGCAGCAGCCUCAGUCGCCGACCCAAUCAGCCAACAUGUAUCCCACAGAUCCCCUCUACAGUGGCUCGGCCUACCUUCCUGCCACCUACGGUCGUGCCUUCACCAGCUAUGUUAAGCCAUCUUCCUACGACAAGGUUGAUGCGUAUGACCAAUCAGAUCAGGCCAGCAAGGUGUCAAGCUCAUCUCGCUUCUCCUACGCCUCCUCUCAAGUGUCUUCCCAACAGUCCGACUACGGCCGGCAGACUCAACGGAUGCAGACUCAUGUCUGAUAGGACACGAAAAAUGUUAACAGAAUCAAAAGUAGGAGAAGUGAGUAGAUACCAUUUUUGUGGUUGAAAUAACAUGAUAAGAGACCUAUGUACUCAGACAGUCCUGCAAGGAUUUGUUUGAACAGCUAUGAUUAUGGUCGUUGGAUAACCAAACUUCCCUUUGAUGGAUCUGAAGAUGGAAAAUUUAACAGUGUGUGUGUGAUGCCUCAGCAGGUUUUACACGAAUUGUCUGAAUAUGGAAGGGGUCAAGUGGAACACGACUACAUCUUAGCUGGGAUAUCCUUAAACCUGCAUUCCAGUUCCUAACUCUGAGUCAACACUACAUGUCAAAAAUGACCACAUGAAUACUUGGAAAGAAGAUCUCACAAAGGUUUAACAUAUUCAAAGAAAAGAAAACACCAACAAAAAAUAAAGAACAAUAUGGACAACAUUUCGUUUUGUUAAUCUGUCAUAUGAUGUCUUGUUGGCAUGCGAAAGCAAUUCUAAGCACAUUUGUGUCCCUAUCAUUAACAAAAGACUGAGCUAUUUACAGAGACAGGCUUAUCCUAUUCUGCACAACAGGCUAGAUGUACUGGCCAACGAGUGCUGCUGGCGCUGUACUGUAUGAAGAGCGGAAUACAUCUUGUGUAGCUGUAUUCCUGGAGCAUCCACUGGUAAUGACAUGUUUUGGACUUUUGAAGUGUUGUUCUCCAGCGGAUAACGUGGAAACACAAGGAGAAUGUGUGUACAGUAAAUGUUAAACAUGUGCAAGAAGGAAAAGGUUAGGACGGAAACUUAAAAGAUGGUAAGAGCGGUAUG